GUGUGAGCAAGUGCCAGUAAAAUUGUGAAUUUGGUUAUGGAUCAAAAGAAACUAGAAGUUGCUUUAAGUAAAAUUAUCCCGCCUAAUAAAGUUCGCGAAUCUUUAUUGGAUAAUGAGUUUUUGAGCGAUGUUACAUUUAUUUUAGGCAAAGAAGGUACGCCAUUAAAAGCUCAUAAAAUACUUUUAAUGACAUCAUCAUCAGUCAUUUACAAAUUGUUAACAAAAAGUACCGAACAACGCCUUAAUGUUCAAAUUCCACAGAUUUCGAAGCCAAUAAUGUUAGAAAUUUGUCGCUAUGCCUACACAGAUGAAGUGAAGCUUACAACUGAAAAUAUGCUGGAAGUUUUUUUUGCUGCCUCAAAAUUUGAGAUGAAAAUAUUAAUUAAAAAGACUGUGGACUUCAUUUGUAAGCAAAUCAGUUAUCAGACAGUCUUUAAAAUAUUGGAAUCAAAUCAAGCACAUAACAACUUACGCAUAAAUAUGAAAUGUUUCGAAUACAUUGAAAAACAUUAUCAUCUGUGCUUAGAAAAUCCAGAUUUCCUUAGCAUUUCAGAAGAACUCUUUCGUACAAUCUUGACAACAUGUAAAAUUUCACCAAGAUCAGCAAUACCAGCUAUUAAAAAAUGGACUAAUGAGAAUGAUGAAGAUGUUUUAGAUGAAUUGAUGGGAAUUGUAAAUUUAAGUGAUGAAUCCGAUCAAGAAGAAGCUUCAAAUUUUGAACCUAUUAAGCCAAUUUCUUCUUCAACUACUUUACAACGACCUAUUUCAAGUGGCAUGCUCACAACUCCAAUUCCAAGAUCAUCAUUAACAAAUUUAAUUAAUGAAAAAGAAAAUUUAAAAGUUUUUAAACUUUUAGGCAACACAGCUGAAAGUGCCUAUAAAUAUGCAAACUUGGAUAUCUUUGUCGGUUCUCAAAACAUUUUUCUUCAUUCUCUAAAAUUCAUUUAUGAUUUGAAAACAACUGAUAAGGAAUUUGAAAUAUCUGUAAUUGAAGUUGAUGAUAAUCGACGAACAACUCUAUACAAUGACAAAGUAAUAUUCAGUUCAAGAAGUAAAGGUCCAUUUACAUCAUUUGACUUCAUGCAAAAAAUUGAGCUACAAGCUGACAAGAAGAUUUGGUUUAAAAUUGAAUAUCCAAGACAUGAGAGUCGCAAAACUUAUGAUCAUUUUGAUGUCUCACCAGUGUCUUCUCAAUGCAAAGAUAUAACUUUGAGAAAAGACUAUGCCUUUCACUCGUACACACAAAUUAUUAACGCAAUUUUUUACACUUCCUCAUAAACUUUUUCAUCAGUAUUUGCUGAAAUAAUCAAAAUAUAUUAGGAUUGUCAUUUUUGCUUCCAAUUUUACUAAAGCUGCCUGGUCUUCGUGAUCUGUGCAAAAUUUUAGUGCUUUGUGUUGGGAAUUGUCUAGCAGUAAGGUGGUGGAUUAACUCGUGGCUAGUUUUAUAUUUGUUGCGAUACAGGCUUCUGUGCACAGGCGAGAAUCGUACAAUUUCUUGAUAUUUUAUAAGGUCGAGUUUUCUCCCAACCUCCGAAUGAGGAGGUUGUGGAAUUGUGCAAUACUUCAAAAUUAAUUAAUUACGCGUAGGAAUAAGUCACAAACCUACGGGAACUGUCUUCAAAGUAACAAAGAACAAAGAUACCAAGGAGAAAACUUAGCAAAGUCGCGAUUUAAUUAAAUUUUGGAUAUAAAUUGAAAUUGGAAAAAAAUGUGCAAAUUUUGCACAUAAUCUAGAUAAAACGGAAUUUAUCAUCAUCGGAAUACCAAAGAACAUUUAAUUACAUUGACAAAUCACGAUCGGCGGCAGUUGUGAGGAGAAUCAACUAUUUCACGUGGGUUUUUUGUGUUUUACCAACAAUCGUGCACAAGAAGGUUCUAUCAUAACCAUAACCUAGACAUAUUGAAUAUUAUUGGAAUACAACGGAUUAGCUUCAAUUGUGAGGAGAAUUUGUCUCGCGAUGGGUUUUGUGUGUUUCCCCUUAUAUCGCGGGCAAGUUCUAUCAAUCAAUUGGUGCUGACUGGAUUUCAACAAAUUAACAUUGACAAACAGGAAUCGAUCAUCUCGGAAUACAGAUCACAAUCGAGACAUCACAAAAAUUUGAAUCAAUUUGGAAAAUAGUUGAAUUACAAGAAGGAGUGUCAAGGGAUCUGGAUCAUCGACAACUGAAGAUGGAAUUUUUUGCCUAGCGAUGGUUUUUUGUUGUUUUGACCAGACUACCGCCAUUUCGUUUCGGACUUCUUCGAAAUUAAUUUCGAUUUCUUCGAUAUUAGAGCCGAAAAUUCAAAUUUCAAAAAACAGUUACAUUAUGUAAACAAUAAAUUAUUUUAAUCAAUACCAAUUCUGCACAAAUCCCAAAGCUCUUCAUAAAUUAAUAAUUUUAUAUUUUUUUUAUCCAUUCUUAACUUUAUUAUCAAUAAAAUUUGAGCAAAAUGAGUAAAUGCAUGGUAAAAUCUGGUUUAACCGUCAGAAAUUUUUGAAUAUUAUAACGGUCAUAAAAAAUUUGAAUUUUUUUGAAUAUAAAUUUAACGGAUGUUAUAUGAAAUGACGGUAGUCUGGUUUUGACUUAUCGCGAGCAUUUUUCUGUCAACCAUUUGGAGUUGACUGGAUUUUAUUGAUUGUUCUUUGUGUAUAUUUGUAAAUUAAACUACCUGGAAUUGUGAACGGUCUUUAAAUAGCAAUAAGCUGAUGGACCAUAAUAAAGUUAAUUAAGAAGAAGAAGUAGUAUCUAAGGUUUUACUUACAAAACCAUACAAACUCGAAUAAAACCUCACAAAUUAUCAAGGAUUUGUACGGUUCUCACCUGUGCAAAGGUGCCUGUAUCGCAACCCUGGUUUUAAGUUUGUUUAAUUUUUUAAUGUUGAUCUUGGUAGCUAAAUCACUUAUUGCUCAACUGUACCCUACCUUUACCCCAUUGGGAUGUAAUAUAUUCACAAAAUUAAUUUCUGCACUCAAAUCUUUUCACCUUUAACUCUUUAGAUUUAAAAUAUGCAUCUUUUUGCACUUUGAAUGUAAUUACGAGUAAAUAAUCAAAAGAGUUCCGCAUAAAAAAAAUUAAGCAGCAGUAUGCACGAAUUUCUGAAAUAAUAUUUCCUCUUUAUUUUUCAUACUUUUUUAAUUACUUUCCUCUCUGCUUCUUUCUCGUCGAGCUUCAGUUAUGAGUUCUUGCAUUUUCAUUUUUCAUCCAUAAAUUUUCAUGUUCCUUAUUCAUAUUUUUCAGAAUGUAUGUACAUUGAAUUUCUCGUACAAAUAAAACCUCAACAUUUGCUCUUUCGCCUUUUCUUCAUUCAUUUUUAUUAUUUUUUCGUCAACAACG